AAAUAGAGGCAGAGGGGGAAAAUACUAUGAAGUGUGAAUAUGAACAUUAACAAGAGGGUUGAAGAAGGAUUGGUUUCAUUGUUGGGCAAAUGCAACAGCACCACCCUCAAAACCACUAAGCAAAUUCACGCUCAUCUCUACGUUACAGGCCUUCACACUAACCCUUUCUUCUUCGGCAAACUUCUUCUCCACUGCGCCUCAUCCAUCUCCGACCAUGCUCUCCACUACUCUCUCCGUCUCUUCCAACACUUCCCCAACCCCGACACCUUCAUGUACAACACCCUCAUUCGUUCACUUUCUCACUCUUCCACCCCUCUUACUUCCCUCCAACCCUUCAUCCAAUUGCUUCGUCACCCCACCCUCUUCCCCGAUAGCUUCUCCUUCGCCUUUGCACUCAAAGGGAUCGCAAACUACGGUCACUUGAAUAAAUCCGGCAUUCAGCUGCAUUCUCAGGCUUUUCGUCAUGGAUUUGAUUCCCAUAUAUUUGUUGGAACUACAUUGAUUAGUAUGUAUGCCGAAUGUGGGUGUUAUGAGUCUGCAACAAAGGUAUUUGAGGAAAUGCCUGAACCGAAUGUUGUUGCGUGGAAUGCGGUUGUUACUGCUUCUUUUAGGUGUGGGGAUGUGGAGGGUGCGUGGGGUGUGUUUCAGCGUAUGCCCAUUAGGAAUUUGACUUCUUGGAAUGUGAUGCUUGCUGGUUAUGUUAAAGCUAGUGAGCUUGGGUUGGCAAGAAGAGUUUUUUCUCAAAUGACGAUGAGAGAUGAUGUUUCUUGGAGUACUAUGAUUGUUGGCUUUUCUCAAGGUGGUUCUUUUGAUGAGGCUUUUGGGUUUUUCAGGGAGUUGAGGCGGGAGGGGAUUAGGCCGAGUGAAGUUAGUCUCACUGGGGUGUUGUCUGCUUGUGCACAAGCUGGGGCGUUUGAGUUUGGUAAGAUUUUACAUGGGUUUAUGGAGAAAGCUGGGUUUCUUUGUAUUGUUUCGGUGAAUAAUGCUUUAAUAGAUACUUACUCCAAGUGCGGAAAUGUUGAUAUGGCUAAGUCGGUCUUUCAAAAUAUGUCUGCGGCUAAGUGCGUCGUGUCUUGGACAUCGAUGAUAGCAGCACUUGCAAUGCACGGUCGUGGAGAUGAGGCGAUUCAGGUUUUUUAUGAGAUGGAAGAGUCUGGAGUUAGGCCGGACGGUGUCACGUUCAUAUCUCUCCUUUAUGCUUGUAGCCAUAGUGGUUUGGUUCAGCAAGGGUGUGAUUUAUUUUCUAAGAUGACAAAUUUGUAUGGGAUUGAACCUGCAGCUGAGCAUUAUGGUUGUAUGGUUGAUCUAUAUGGUCGAGCUGCUAGGUUGCAGGAGGCUUAUGAGUUUAUAUGCCAAAUGCCAAUUCCACCUAAUGCAAUCAUUUGGAGGACCCUCCUUGGGACUUGUAGCCUUCAUGGAAAUAUUGAAUUGGCAGAGCUUGUAAAAGCAAGGCUUGCUGAAAUGGAUCCAAACAACUCCAGUGACCAUGUACUGCUCUCGAAUGUUUAUGCGGUUGCAGGGAAAUGGAAGGAUGUUGCUGGCAUAAGAAGAACAAUGAUUGAACAUAGCAUGAAAAAGACUCCUGGUUGGAGCAUGAUUGAAAUUGACAAGGUCAUUUAUCGUUUUGUGGCAGGUGAAAAGCCUAACGAGGUUACAGAAGAGGCCCAUGAUAAACUGAGGGAAAUAAUGUUAAGACUCAGAACAGAAGAAGGUUAUGCGCCCCAGGUAAGAAGUGUCUUGCAUGAUAUUGAAGAGGAAGAAAAAGAAGAUUCAGUGUCCAAGCACAGUGAGAAGCUUGCUGCAGCUUUUGGAUUAGCAAAACUUCCUAAAGGAAGGAUUUUAAGAAUAGUAAAGAACCUGAGGGUUUGUGGAGACUGCCAUACUGUGAUGAAGCUGAUUUCUAAAGUUUAUCAAGUAGAAAUCAUUGUGAGGGAUAGAAGUCGCUUUCACUCAUUCAAAAAUGGAUUUUGUUCCUGCAGAGAUUACUGGUGAUAGAAGUGAACGUUAAAUUGAGCUGAAAUGUAGCAUAGAACUUCUGGUAUUGUUCCUUCAAAGUACAAGACAGCUAUUGGAAGUUUUAAAAAACAUAUGGGAGGAUGACAAGCAAAGUGUUACAAGCUAAAGAGAAACAACGCGUCAUUGAGGUAUUCAACAUGAAAAGUGUUAAAAAGGCCACAACUUCGGUCACAUCACUAUUUCCCCAACUCACUCAGCUCCUACAACUACAGGCGAACUACAUGCUAAAGAAGCACACAGUAAGGUGCAGAUGCAUCAAUUGCAACAUCAACUCUAAAUAUCAAGUCAAACAGCCUUCCAAGAAGCUCCUGCACAUGUUUCUGCAGGUCCUGGUCUGCUUCCAUCCAAGUUCAAGUAACUGCAUCAACCACUGCAGGAUCGCUCAUGGAAGGGAUGUUGGGUUUAAUUCCUUUGAAAUGUGGAGGAGUGAAGCCUAAAUUUGGGAUCAUCAGAGCUUUCAUCUUGACAGUGAACCUUUUUGUUAUAAUGUCACAACUUCAGCAAGCAUUGGAGAAUAGGAGACCCGAGCAUGUGCAAGAGACCCUAGACCCAACGUCCCAAAACCACAUUAAGUUUGAGGAAGUAACAUCUUUUGUAGGUGUUUAAGUGCUGUCUUUGUAGUUGAUAUUUACAGUCUGAUAGAUUAUGACCGAAUUUGGUUGCUUAACUAUUGGUUUAAUACUCCAAUUAUUGGCUAGUGUAUUGACUAAGUUUGGUUUAUGUUAAUAUAGUCAUUUUUAUUCUUUUAA